AUGCUCAGGUUCUUUAUCUUUUUCUCCCUUUUUAUUCAUUCUUGUGUUGCGGCUCCCAAGAUUCCUGCUCCUGUUCCUGCCACGAAAUGGCUCACUCUCAAUGGACAAGAGCCAGCGGUUGUGGCGAGAGGAGGCUUCUCCGGUCUUUUCCCUGAGUCAAGCGCCUCUGCAAAUGACAUGGCUAUUGCCACCAGCUCCCCUGGCCUCACAAUGUUGUGCAACCUUCAGAUGACAAAGGACGGUGUUGGCCUUUGUUUGUCUGAUAUCAGGCUUGACAAUGCAACCACCAUCUCCACCCUCUUCCCCAAAGCCCAGAAGACCUACAAGGUCUAUGGUCAGGACCUUAAGGGUUGGUUUGUCCUUGACUACUCUGCCGACACCAUUUUCUCCAAUGUCUCAUUGGUGCAGAACAUCUUCUCUAGGCCCAGUAUCUUCGAUGGCCAGAUGCCUGUUUCCGCAGUGGAGGACGUCCUAGGAAUCAAGCCUCCCAAGUUCUGGUUGAGCGUUCAGUAUGAUGCAUUCUACAUGGAACACAAGCUGAGCGCAGCCGAGUACCUGAGAAGCUUAGGAUUCCGUGGCAUUAAUUUCAUCUCAUCUCCAGAGAUCGGUUUCUUGAAGAGCAUAGGGAUGGAUGCACGCAGAGCCAAGACAAAGCUCAUAUUCGAGUUCAAAAACCCCGAGGCAAUUGAGCCUACCACCAACAAGAAGUACAGCGAGAUUCUGCUGAACCUCGCUGCCAUCAAGGCCUUUGCCACAGGCGUUCUUGUCCCCAAAGACUACAUUUGGCCCCUUGACUCGACUAAGUACCUUAAGCCCGCAUCCACCUUUGUAGCUGAUGCACACAAGGCCGGUCUAGAGGUCUACGCUUCAGGUUUCGCCAAUGAUAUGCAAACCAGCUACAACUACAGCUAUGAUCCCUCAGCUGAGUAUCUCCAGUUUGUGGAUAAUGGACAGUUCUCUGUAGAUGGCUUCGUCACUGAUUUUCCACCAACAGCAUCACAAGCCAUCACUUGCUUAUCUCACCAAAAGAGAAAUCUCCCCAAAAUAGGCAAUGCGUUGGUCAUAACACACAAUGGAGCAAGUGGAGAUUAUCCAGGCUGCACUGAUUUGGCUUAUCAAAAGGCGGUGGAAGAUGGAGCAGAUGUGAUAGACUGUUCUGUCCAGAUGUCCAAAGACGGAAUGGCUUUCUGCCAUGGUUCUGCAGACCUUAUACCAACCACAACUGCCAUGACCACUUUCAUGUCCAGAGCCACCAGUGUUCCUGAGAUCCAGUCCACCAAUGGCAUUUUCUCUUUUGAUCUUACUUGGGCGGAGAUCCAGUCUCUGAAGCCUCAAAUCCAGAGCCCCUUCGCAUCUGCUGGUGAAUUCCAGAGAAACCCAGCAAACAAGAAUGCAGGGAAGUUCAUGACUCUCUCUGAGUUCCUGGAGUUUGGGAAAACAAAGGCAGUCACUGGAGUUCUCAUCAACAUACAGAAUGCUGCUUAUUUAGCAUCAAAGAAAGGCCUUGGAAUUGUAGACACAGUCAAGUCCGCUCUAACCAAUUCCACACUCGACAAGCAAUCAACCCAAAAGGUUUUGAUUCAGUCAGAUGACAGUUCAGUUCUGUCCACUUUCGAAGCCAUCCCUCCGUACACUCGGGUCUUGAGCAUCGAAAAGGAGAUCGGAGAUGCUCCCAAGCCAUCCGUUGACGAAAUCAAGAAGCACGCAGAUGCAGUCAAUCUCAGGAGAAGUUCUCUCGUCACCAUCUCUCAAAGCUUUGCCACAGGGAAGACUAACGUAGUGGAGGAAAUGCACAAGGGGAAUAUCUCUGUUUACGUCUCAGUGCUAAGGAACGAGUACAUGUCUAUAGCGUUUGACUACUUCUCUGAUCCUACGAUAGAGCUUGCUACAUUCAUUGCAGGCAAUGGCGUUGAUGGAGUCGUCACUGAGUUCCCUGCCACCGCUACUAGAUACUUAAGGAGUCCAUGCUCAGAUUUGAACAAAGAAUUGCCCUACGCCAUCUUACCAGCAGAGGCUGGCGCUCUACUCUCUGUGGCAGCCAAGGAAGCACAGCCACCAGCUAGUGCCCCAAGCCCACCUCUUGACGCCAAAGACGUGAUUGAUUCGCCACUGCCUCCUGUUGCAAACAUGGGAACCUCUGAUGGAGAAGCUCCGCCACGUGCCCCUCCUAGUUCAGGGACCAUUGCUACUACCUCAGCUAAUCUCGGCCUUUCCUUGCUGGCAAUAAUUGCCUUUGGACUAACUCUUUUAUGUUGA